CGGCUCCGGGCCCGCCGCGCUGCGCGGGGCGCGGCCGCUCCGGCCCGGGGCGCGGGGCCGCUCCGCCGCCGCGGGGCUGCUCACGGCAGAUGCGCCAAGCCCAGCUGAAUCCGCCCAGGGUGAGAGCUGCCAGGUUGGCUGCCCUGUGACCAAGGCCACUUGGCACCAUGCCUGCUGCCCAGCAGGUCCUGCUCCGCUCGGCCACCAUGUGGCUGCUCCUGCACAGCCUCCUCCUGGCCUCCAGCCUCCGCUCCGCCUCCGCCUUCCCCAAGGGCUGCUACCCCUCGGAAGAGGAGGGGCUGAAGACCUUCCGCUGCAGCCACGCCAGGCUGACCGAGGUGCCCAGGGACAUCCCCAACGACACCAACAAGCUCUACCUGGACUCCAACCGCAUCCCCUUCCUGCCCCGCGACGCCUUCCGGGACCUGCCCGUGCUGCUGGAGCUGGACCUGUCCCACAACUCCAUCGCCGGCGUGGAGAGCGGAGCCUUCCGCGGCCUGGCAGACCACCUGCACACCCUGGACCUCUCCUCCAACAGGUUGGUGUCGCUCGGCAAGGAGGCCUUCGGCCACCUCAAGGCCAAGGUCAACCUCUCCGACAACCCCUGGCGCUGCGACUGCCGGCUGCAGGAGCUGCUCCGCGCCGUGGAGCUGGCGGCCGGCUCCUCGGCCGGCAUCCUGUGCCACUCCUCGGCCCAGGAGGAGCACGUGGGCAAGGCCUUCCUGCAGGUGAUGGCCGACACCGACUUCUGCAACGCCUACAAGAGGACCACGGACAUCGCCAUGCUGGUCACCAUGUUCGGCUGGUUCGCGAUGGUGAUCUCCUACCUGGUCUACUACGUGCGCCAGAACCAGGAGGACGCCCGGCGCCACCUGGAGUAUCUCAAGUCCCUGCCCAGCAAGCAGCGCAGGUCGGAGGAGUCCUCCACCAUCAGCACCGUGGUGUGAGGCAGCGGCACCCCGCGGGGCACCGGCGGCGCUGGGCAUCGGCCGCUCCCCGGGGGGAGCUGCCA